UGCAUGGGAUUUAUUUCUGGAUUAGACGUCACUCGUGCUUAUCGUGCCAUUUGUUAUCAUCGCGGGAAAUUAAAGAGCUUAAGGUUUCAUAACCUGUCUAAACUUCCUCCAAAAAGGCAACGGGGGGGGAGAGAAAAGUGUCAGACGGUACUGUGAGGUCCAUAGCUCUCCGGUGACAAGUGACCUGUUUUUACACCUUCCUUCUAAAUAAGGAAGCGGCCUGGUCAGCCAUCUGACCGCGUCCCAAAUUGGGACUCUUGUAGUCCCAUCCAGAGAAGCAGCUAGUGCUUGAGCGCUCAUCACAACUUUCUCUGUGCUCCUCCCUCCCACCGCGGAACAGUGCGUGAGGACAAAGUGAUGUCGCACGUCAGGAUGCUGGGGGCCUGGCAAGGUAUGAUAGGUGCUCAGUGAGUGUGGGGCCACACACACACACACACACACACACACACACACACACACACACACACACACACACACACAUACACACACACACAGAGCGAGUCCGGCGUUGCCCCUAAAAGCAAAGAGAGCCGAAACAUGCUAAUCACUACUAUCUACACCAGCACAGCCACCGCACGUCGCAACGCGCUCUUACUCCGUCCCCCACUGACUCCGCGCUCGCGCUACGCUCCUGAAACCCAGCUCCGUGACGCUAAAAUAAGCUCGUGCAGCCAUGCCGAAGGCAGGAAAACAGGAGGAGCGGUAUUUUUAGGUCCGUGCGCUUCGCACCACGUGCCCCCGAGGUAAACCGGAUGGCCAUUGCGCGAAGGUCGCUCGUCAGUAUGGUCCGCGAGGCCAGCGCGCGCUGGCCGCUCGCCGCUGUGCUCUUCCUGGGCGUGCUGGCCGGGAUCGGGCCGCCCAGCGCCAGCGCUAUCAACGGGACGUGGCCCGAGCGUCGCUGGGAGAGCCUUCUGUCGCGCUCUGUGCUGGCCAUCUCGGGCGAAAGGGCGGACACGAGCUGGGAGAACGACUAUUUGCUGGGCAUCAAGCGCGUGCGACGGCUCUACUGCAACGUGGGCAUCGGGUUUCACCUGCAGGUCCUCCCAGAUGGCCGGAUCAACGGUGUGCACGAUGAGAACCAAUACAGUCUGAUCGAGAUUUCCGCGGUGGAGCGCGGGGUGGUGACUCUGUACGGCGUGAAGAGCGAGCUGUUCGUCGCCAUGAGCAGCAGGGGAAGGUUGUACGGAUCGCCCACGUUUAAACACGAGUGCAAGUUCAAGGAGACCUUGCUGCCAAAUAACUAUAAUGCCUACGAGUCUUCCGUUUACAAGGGAUACUAUAUCGCUCUCAGCAAACACGGCAGAGUGAAGAGGGGCAACAAGGCCAGCACCUCCAUGACGGUCACUCACUUCCUUCCUCGAAUAUGAGCGAGACUGGCAAGAGCGCUCUGGUUUUGCACAUGCGGCUUGCUCUCCGUACACAGGAGACUUGAUAACGAUGAAUACGUACCCACCAAAAAGGGACUGCAAGAAUACUACUCCGAUAAUAUUUAUUAUUGUGACUUGAUAUAUGUAUAUUUGGAUAGCCAAAGGUUUUUUUUUCGGUUUGUUUUUGAUUUUUAUGUAUAUACCAUUUUGCUGCUUCUUAAUUUUUUUUACAUUACGGCUUACGGAUUUGGAGGCAUUGCCGGUCUCCUCACCUUAUUCGGGUGCUUUAACAGGACAUAAGGAAAUACUGGAACAGACGGAAGAUGUCCAGCUUGAUACAGCAUUUUUUUAAUUACCUCAGAGCCGCUUAUUAAAGGGAUAAAGGGAUUUGUAGGAGUUAUGCAGAAAAUGAAUUUUACUUUUUUUUUGUCUAUGCCAAAGCAAGCUUGAUAGUUUCAUUUGUG